AUGAAGAACAAGGAACACACCAGGCAGGUCCGGAUGUGUCUGUGUGUCUCUUGUGUGUGUGUCUCUGUGUGUGUGUCUGUGUGUGUCUGUGUGUGUCCAGUGUGUAACCUGGCCACUGAGCAUCGCUGUGGAGACGGCCGCUGUGUGUCCAGAGACUGGCUGUGUGACGGAGACCACGACUGUCUGGACAAGAGCGACGAGCUCAACUGCUCCUGUAAGAGCCAGGGUCUGUUGGAGUGCAGGAACGGCCAGUGUGUCCCGUCAGCGUUUCGUUGUGACGGAGAAGACGACUGUAAAGACGGCAGCGACGAGGAGCACUGCAGCCGAGAGCAGACUCAGGGUGUGUGUGCCCCCGGUCAGCCCAGCUGUAUCUCCACUUCCUGUCCGUCAGCGUGCGGGGGCAGCGCCGCCUGUGACCCCCGAACCAACAGCAACAACAACUGCACCCACUGUGAGCCCAUCAGCCUGGAGCUGUGCAUGAAUCUGCCCUACAACCAGACCAGCUACCCCAACUACCUGGGCCACCUGUCCCAGAGAGAGAGCUCCGUGUCCUGGGAGGCCUCCCUGUUCCCCGCCCUGGUCCAGACCGGCUGCUACCAGUUCCUCAUGUUCUACGCAUGCACGCUGCUCGUCCCCAAGUGUGACCCGGUCAGCCUGCAGAAGGUCCCGCCCUGCAGGUCUUUGUGUCGUAAUGCGAAGGAGAAGUGUGAGUCGGUGCUCGGCAUCGUGGGGUUGACGUGGCCGGAGGACUCGGACUGUAGUCAGUUUCCAGAGGAGGGAGGAAACACCAGCUGUCUGCUGCCAGAGGACGGGGUGGACGAGUGCUCCCCGAGCCACUUCAAGUGCCGGUCGGGCCGCUGCGUGCUCGCCUCCAAACGCUGCGACGGGCACCUGGACUGUGACGACCACAGCGACGAGGACAACUGUGGCUGCUCUGAGCGCGCUCUGUGGGAGUGCCCCGGCAGUAAGGUGUGCAUCAAAGCCAGCAUGAUCUGUGAUGGGUUCCCAGACUGCCCUCUGCUGGUGGACGAGACUAACUGCUCGGUGUGCCGAGAUAACGAGCUGUCCUGCAACAACCAUCAGUGUGUUCACCGGACGCUGUGGUGCGACGGAAAGAAACACUGUUCAGACAGCUCUGAUGAAUGGAACUGUGAGUUCCUUCUUGUUUCUAUGAGGAACGUCGGUGCUCUACACGUCCUGGAGAAGAGAAGCCACGCGUGUCAUUCCAGGAGGAGAGUGUCCGUGCUGUGUACCAGAGAAGAGUGUGGGCUGCGUCCUGCAGUAGGUCUCCACCCCCUCAGGAAGAAGAGGAUUCUGGGAGGUCGUGUGUCGCGGCAGGGCUCGUGGCCGUGGCAGUGCUCGCUGCAGAGCGGGCCGAGCGGCCACGUCUGUGGCUGCGUGCUCAUCCACCGCCGCUGGGCUCUGACGGUCGCUCACUGCUUCGAGGGGAGGGAGAGUGCGGAGCUGUGGAAGGUGGUGCUGGGUCUGAAUAACCUGGAUCAUCCGGGGGUUCACAGUCAGAGCCGCGGGGUGCGCUCCAUCAUCGUGCACCCGCGGUACAACCGGGCGGUGGUCGACUACGACAUCAGCGUGGUGCAGCUGGACUCUGAGGUGGAGGAGACGGCGUUCGUCAGACCGGUGUGUCUGCCUCGGCCGUCUCAGCUCCCUUCUCCUGACUCCUACUGUUACAUCACAGGCUGGGGACACAUGGGCAACAGGAGUCAGUACUCUCUCACACACACACACACACACACUAUUCGUAUUGAUCAAUGUGUCAGUUUAGCCGACAUGAAGACUAUAACUCCCAGAAUGCUUUGCGCCGGCUACGACGCUGGAACCGUUGACUCCUGCAUGGGUGACAGCGGGGGCCCGUUGGUGUGUGAGCAGGACGGGGGCCACUGGACUCUGUUCGGCCUGACCUCGUGGGGUAGUGUGUGCUUCAGCAAGGUGCUCGGGCCCGGAGUGUACAGCAACGUUACACACUUCACCCCCUGGAUCCAGCAACAGAUCUACAUACACACGUACCUGAGGGACUGACACACACACACACACACACACACACACACA